AACAGGUCGUGGGGAGACACAUGCUGAUAUACAAAGCUCCCAUCCUUCAGAUUUCAACUCAGGCUGCCAGAACAAAGAACUGUAAACGAGUUGGCGGAAACAGACAUCAACUUUUCAUAUUUCUGGAGGCUGAGAAGGUCAAGAUAAAGGUGUCAGCCAGUUUGAUUAUUGGUGAGGACUUCUUUCAGCUUGCAGAUGGCUGACCCCAGGUGUUGUUUGGCACAGCAGAUGGACAGGUGAUCGUCAUGGACUGCCAUGGCAGAAUGCUGGCCCAUGUCCUCUUGCAUGAAUCCGAUGGCAUCCUCAGCAUGUCCUGGAAUUACCCCAUCUUCCUGGUGGAGGACAGCAGUGAAAGUGACACAGACUCAGAUGACUAUUCUCCUCCCCAAGAUGGUCCUGCGGCAUAUCCCAUCCCUGUGCAGAACAUCAAGCCUCUGCUCACUGUCAGCUUCACCUCGGGAGACAUCAGCUUAAUGAACAACUACGAUGACUUGUCCCCCACUGUCAUCCGUUCAGGGCUGAAAGAGGUGGUGGCCCAGUGGUGUACACAGGGAGACUUACUGGCUGUUGCUGGGAUGGAGCAGCAGCCCCAGCUCAGUGAGCUGCCCAACGGUCCUCUUCUGAAGUGUGCCAUGGUCAAGUUCUACAAUGUAAGAGGAGAGCAUAUCUUCACGCUGGACACGCUUGUACAGCGCCCCAUCAUCUCCAUCUGUUGGGGCCAUCGGGACUCCCGGCUGCUUAUGGCCUCAGGACCAGCCUUGUAUGUGGUUCGAGUAGAGCACCGAGUGUCCAGCCUCCAGCUGCUGUGCCAGCAAGCCAUUGCCAGUACCCUUCGAGAAGAUAAGGACAUCAGCAAGCUGACCUUGCCCCCUCGACUCUGUUCCUACCUGUCCACUGCCUUCAUUCCCACCAUCAAGCCCCCGAUUCCAGAUCCCAACAACAUGCGAGACUUUGUCAGCUACCCCUCAGCUGGCAAUGAGCGGCUGCACUGCACCAUGAAGCGCACAGAGGAUGACCCAGAGGUUGGGGGGCCCUGCUACACACUCUACCUGGAGUACCUGGGAGGACUCGUGCCCAUCCUCAAGGGGAGGCGCAUCAGCAAGCUCCGGCCAGAGUUCGUCAUCAUGGACCCUCGGACAGACAGCAAAUCAGAUGAGAUCUAUGGGAACAGCUUGAUUUCUACUGUGAUUGACAGCUGCAACUGCUCAGACUCCAGUGACAUUGAACUGAGUGAUGAUUGGGCUGCCAAGAAGUCUCCCAAAAUUUCCAGAGCUAGCAAAUCGCCCAAACUUCCAAGGAUCAGCAUUGAGGCCAGAAAAUCACCCAAGCUGCCCCGGGCUGCUCAAGAGAUUUCUCGAUCUCCCCGGUUGCCCAUGCGCAAGCCCUCCAUGGGCUCGCCCAGCCUGACUCGGAGAGAGUUUCCUUUUGAAGACAUCACUCAGCACAACUAUCUUGCUCAGGUCACAUCCAAUAUCUGGGGAACCAAAUUUAAGAUUGUGGGCUUGGCUGCAUUCCUGCCAACCAACCUCGGUGCAGUCAUCUAUAAAACCAGCCUGCUGCAUCUCCAGCCACGGCAGAUGACCAUUUAUCUCCCAGAAGUCAGGAAGAUUUCCAUGGACUACAUUAACCUACCUGUCUUCAACCCAAAUGUUUUCAGUGAAGAUGAAGAUGACUUACCAGGUGUGUCAUUUACUGGAGCAUCCGGUGUUCCUGAAAACAACCCACCUUGUACCGUGAAUAUCCCUAUUGCACCAAUCCACAGCUCAGCUCAAGCUCUGUCGCCCACACAGAGCAUAGGGUUGGUGCAGUCCCUGCUGGCCAAUCAAAAUGUGCAGCUGGAUGUCUUGACCAAUCAGACAACAGCUGCAGGGACAGUAGAGCAUGCAGGUGACGCUGCCCCCCAGUACCCGGUUUCCAGUCGGUACUCCAGUCCUGGACAGGUGAUUUUUGGAGGUGUAGAAAUGGGCCGCAUCAUUCAGAACCCUCCUCAAUUGCCUUUGCCUCCGCCGCCGCCUCUGCCGCCACCGCAGGGGCCUCUGCCUCUGUCUGUGGUAGACCAUGGAGAUCGAGACCAUGAGCACCUACAAAAGUCGGCCAAGGCCCUUCGGCCAGUGCCUCAGCUGGCAGCCGAGGGGGAUGCUGUGGUUUUCAGUGCCCCCCAGGAGGUCCAGGUGGCAAAGAUGAAUCCCCCACCCCCUUACCCGGGAACUAUCCCUGCUGCCCCCACCACAGCAGCACCCCCACCCCCUCUGCCACCACCACAGCCUCCCGUGGAUGUGUGUCUGAAGAAGGGUGACUUCUCCCUCUGCCCUCCGGCCACACAUUACCAACCUCCCCUAGGCUAUGAGAGGAUUACCACCUUUGACAGCAGUGGCAAUGUGGAAGAGGUGUGCCUGCCUCCCACUCGGAUGCUCUGUUCUCAGAACACCUACACUCUUCCUGGCCCAGGCAGUUCUGCCACCCUGAGACUCACAGCUACUGAGAAGAAGGUCCUCCAACCUUGCACCAGUGCCACUCUGAACCGCCUGACUGUCCCUCGAUACUCCAUCCCCACAGGGGAUCCACCUCCAUACCCCGAAAUUGCUAGUCAGCUGGCCCAGGGGCGGAGUGCUACUCAAAGACUGGACAACAGUCUCAUCCAUGCCACCCUACGAAGGAACAACCGUGAGGUUGCCCUUAAGAUGGCCCAGCUGGCUGACAGCUCCCGUGCCCCACUGCAGCCCCUGGCCAAGCCUAAGGGUGGCCCCAGUGGGGCAGUAGCACAGCUCCCAGCAAGGCCUCCACCUGCCCUGUAUACUUGCAGCCAGUGCAGUGGAGCCGGGUCCAGCUCACAGCCAGGUGCAACCCUGGCUCAUGCUAUCAGCACCUCCCCACUGGCCUCCCAGUCCUCCUACAACCUUCUGAGCCCUCCAGACACCUCCCGUGAUCGUACUGACUAUGUCAAUUCAGCCUUCACAGAGGAUGAGGCCCUGUCUCAGCACUGUCAGCUGGAGAAGCCUCUGAGGCAUCCCCCACUUCCUGAAGCUACUGUCACAGUGAAGCGGCCUCCCCCUUACCAGUGGGACCCUGUGCUGGGUGAGGACAUUUGGGUUCCUCAGGAAAGGACAGCACAGCCUGCAGUGCCCAACCCCUUAAAACUGUCCCCUCUGAUGCUAGGGCAAGGCCAGCACCUGGAUGUAGCUCGACUGCCCUUUGUGUCUCCCAAGUCUCCGUCCAGCCCCACUGCCACCUUCCAGACAGGCUAUGGCAUAGGAGUGCCAUAUCCGGGCAGCUAUAACAACCCCUCUUUGCCUGGAGUGCAAGCUCCAUGUACCCCUAAAGAUGUCCUGUCCCCAGCACAGUUUGCACAACAGGAGCCUGCUGUCGUACUUCAGCCAGCAUACCCAUCCAGUCUUUCCUAUUGCACCUUGCCCCCCACAUACCCAGGAAGCAGCACAUGCUCCAGUUUACAGCUGCCACCUAUCGCCUUGCACCCUUGGAGUUCCUACAGCACCUGCCCACCUGUGCAAAAUCCCCAGGGCACGCUCCCCUCCAAACCCCACUUAGUGGUGGAGAAACCUCUUGUGUCCCCACCACCUGCCGAGCUCCAAAGCCACAUGGGCACAGAGGUGAUGGUAGAGACUGCAGACAAUUUCCAAGAAGUCCUCUCUCUGACAGAAAGCCCUGUUCCCCAAAGAACAGAAAAAUUUGGGAAGAAGAACCGGAAGCGCCUGGAUAGCCGAGCAGAGGAGGGAAGUGUUCAGGCUAUCACUGAGGGCAAAGUGAAGAAGGACGCGAGGACUCUGAGUGACUUUAACUCUCUCAUCUCCAGCCCCCGCCUGGGGAGAGAGAAGAAGAAAGUGAAAAGUCAGAAGGAUCAGCUGAAAUCCAAGAAGUUGAACAAGACAAACGAAUUCCAGGACAGCUCAGAGAGUGAGCCCGAACUGUUCAUCAGCGGGGAUGAGCUGAUGAACCAAAGCCAGGGCAGCAAGAAGGGGUGGAAGAGCAAGAGGAGCCUGCGGAUGGCCAGUGAGCUGGAGGAGUUCAAGUGCCGCAAAGCUAGUGAGAAGGAGGAUGGGCGGCUGGGCAGCCAGGGCUUCGUGUAUGUGAUGGCCAACAAACAGCCUCUGUGGAACGAAGCCACACAGGUGUACCAGCUGGACUUCGGAGGAAGGGUGACACAGGAAUCUGCCAAGAACUUUCAGAUCGAGCUGGAGGGACGGCAGGUGAUGCAGUUUGGACGCAUUGAUGGCAAUGCAUACAUCCUAGACUUCCAGUACCCCUUCUCAGCUGUGCAGGCUUUCGCUGUGGCCCUGGCCAAUGUGACUCAGCGCCUAAAGUGAAGACAGAUGCGGGGGGAGACAUGCCAGGAGCCUUUAGAGGGAGACGUGCUGCUACUACCCAGGAGGACCAGAAACACCGGCAGUGGAAGAAGCCAGCAGGCCAGAAGGGUGCUGAUCCUUAGGCAUGGUCAAUUGUUGAGUUACCCUUUAUCGUCCCUCCUUUCUUCUUUUGAUAGAGUGGUAUUUGGAAGUCAAGAAUUUGAGGUAUCUUGUGUUCUUGAAGAUAGUGUAGCUUGGCUAUAGAAUGUUGUACUGAUUUACUUUUCAGUGACUAGGACAAGGGCCUUUGGAAAGAAGACAGAUCACUUCAAGCCUGCUCUUCUUCUAGAUGUAGGGAGUGUGUGUUAGGGUUCAUUCUUCAUGUUAUAUGGGCUCUGUUAACCUUCCAACAUUAUCGCUAGUACAAAAAAAUUUUUUUGCAACACAACCAAAACUCUGGAAGAUUCAGCUUGUCUUGUGGGGGAAGGACAGUGCUUAAUUCACAUGUAUGUGCUGCUCACUAGAAGGUACCUAUAUGAAUGAAGGACAUGUAUGCAAAUGCCUUGUGUUGUGCUGAUGUAUGCCAAGGUAAAUGGGUGCUGUCACCAGUGUGAAUGUGAUUCAGCAGGCAGUGGGUUAGGGGAAAGACUGCCCAUGGAGACAGCCUCACAGCACUCUGCAGACACUCGGGUGAGUUGGUGGUGUGGCUUGUGUGAGGGCUGUUCUCUCUCAAGGGUACACUAGUUCUUUGUGUCAGAAUCCCAUCUGACUUUGGGAGAAGGCAAGGGACAUCAGUGGGUAGAUCCAGGCUGGGGCAGAGCUGGGUUUAUGUCACAGUCUAAUGACUGGUCAAUCACCAGAUACCUCCACUUGUCUACUCCUUUGCUUGUUUUAGUGUGAAACAUUUUGCUGUAAACAUCUUUCUCUUUAGAUCUCCUUGCUCUGUCUUUUCUAAAGUGUGAAUGGGACUUGAUUUGAAACUAUACUGUUCCUUCCCUUGGCCAUAUUAAAGUUGAUUUUUAAUGCUUCCCUCAAUUAUAAGUGUAAUAUUUGUGCAUUUCCCAGGGUAUUAAAAGAUAGGGAUGUGGUCAGAUCUUGGGGAAAGCUCCACAGUGUUCUGUAAGGGAAAAAAAGAACUGUCUUUAGGUGUAUAGCCUGUGCUAAAAGACGAACCACUGGAGAACCCUUGUUAAAACUGUCAUACUUAGGUAAUUGGCUCUUUAUACUUCACUCUUACUAUAGACUCUGCCCGGUUUCUUCUCCUUGUGGGAACACACCUUGGGCAAGUAUCCAGACCUGAUAGUAAGAACCAGUCCAACUACUAAGUUGUAGUUCUUACCUGUGAUGUUGUUCAUUACCAGAGCACAAGAACUGUCUGCUGGCUUUGACUCCUAAGUUGGGGUUUUAUUUGAAAACUGACAAGUGGAAGAUGCUAGAGGAAAAUUAUUUUCAACUUAAACAUUGUUUUGUGUUUUUGUUUUUUCUUGUGUUUGGUUUAAGAAUUAGAAAAGAAACUGACUGAUUUCUUUAUCUAGGCAAAAUUAAGCACUCAUCAUUCUUUCCAAAUUCCAAAGAAAUACUGACAAGGACAUUUCCCAGCUGAUACUGGAGUUUUCCGUUUUAUAAUUUAAAGUUUGGGAGCUGAUUCUUAGGUGAGUCAGUUGUCCCAGAAAGAGUUGAAUAGUAUGUUGGGAGUUAUUGUGUUGGUUUACGUAAAUUUCUUUAGCUUGAUAAGGUGUUUCAGUGCUUAUCAUUAGUUGUGCAAUACCAUUGUAGCCUUUCAGUUUAUGGAAUAAUUUAAAUGCAAUUUCCUUUGUUUUGUUGUCUAAGAUAGUUAUUUAUCUUGCUCUUUAUAGUAUUCUUGGGAACUAUUUUGUUACUAUAUGUUGGUGAUUUAUGCCCAUUUUAUUAUUUAUUUAGAAAAAUAGUACCUUUGUAAUGACUUACUUGGUGGCAAUAUAUUUUGCUGCAAAAAAUAAAGAGAAUAUGACAGAAGAUUUUUUUGCUGGAUAAUUUGUAACUUUCUUGAGAAUUGGGAGAAAAUCCUUUAAUUAGUCCCUUAAAAAAAUAAAUUCACUCUUUAUCUCAGUACUGAUUAUAUUAUGGAAAACUGCCUGUUUCUCUGAGCUAGCAUACCCUGAGGUAGUAUUUCUCCUUAUUUUGAAAACUUUAGUUAAAAGUAAGAAGCGAGAGACCCCUUAGAUAAGAGUAGCAAAAGAGGGACCUUAAUAAUUCUCACUUUUUUUUUUUUUUUGGCUCAAACUGGAUUUUUGCAAAACCUGCAGAAGCCAUACUUUAUGACUUUGCUAAAUAAGAUCAAAUAUGAAGGAAGUCAUCCCUAAACUAUACUUUCCAUCCAUGGAGAUAUAGGCUUCCUGUGUUGAGUGAGGAUUGGCCUGUAAGCUGCAGUGUGGAGCCAGGCAUGCCUGCCACCCCACUCUACUCCUCUCCCAGGCUAAGGAGUGAGUCUUGGAUGCCAAGUGUGCCCUAAGCUGCUGGCUGCAGCAAUUGUGACACAGUGUCACUUAAGAUAAUGCCUUCAUCCAGUCAACAUCAUUUGAUUAGAUUCUCCUUAAGUUAAGACUCUAAGUAACAGAAUUGUAGGUACUUCAUGGUUAUUAAUAGCAAUUGUUAAUGUCACAGUGUCUCAUUAGAUCCCUAAAUUUAAAAAGUCAUCUACAUAGAGAUUUGUACAAAAACAGUAUAUUAAUAAACAAAAACCAGCCUUAGGUUUUGUUUGGCUCUAAACUCAUCAAAACAGAGGUCAUGGAUAUUAGUACAAUUACCAAUUUGAAUCUGUAUUCUGAGAAAAACUGGACCAAUGAAUCUAUAAAUACUCAGAGCUCUAAUGGUCAUAGGAAACAAAAGCUUUUGCAUGCUGGUAUUUUUCAUCCAUAGCCCUGCUCCCUUGUGUAGUGUCCAUUCUGUAAUCAAAGGGCAGGGGCAGGGGGCAAGGUCAAAUUGCUCUGUCACAGGGGUGGAGAGUGACUUUGGACAAAUCCCUAGGGGUGUAUGGCCUCCUUUUGUCCAUCUCUUAAUGAUUGGACAUUUGUUUACACAAACUUGAAAACUCCAUUCUAGCUUCAGUAGCCUAAUUCAGCAACUCAUCUUCCCCUUCGUGAGGUGAAAGUGUGUUUCAAAACAUAGUCUUUUUGUAGGAAAAAAAAAAAAGCUUGUUUUUUUUUUU